CUAUGGGGCCGCUUGCGUUCGCCGAUGCGCUCGGCACGCCCAAGAAGCGCGUCUCGUACUUCUACGAUUCGGAGAUUGGCAACUUCAGCUACGGACCCGGGCACUGCUGGAAGCCGCACCGCGUGCGCAUCACGCACAACCUAAUUGUCAACUACGGGCUCGCCAAGCACAUGCAUGUCUUCCGGCCGCCGCUGGUUGGGGUAGAGGACCUCACGCGCUUCCACUCGGACGACUACAUUCAGUUUCUACGCACGGUCACACCCGACAAUAUGCACGAGCACUACCGCCAGCUGCAGCGGUUCGCGUUCAACGACGGCGGCGACUGUCCCGUCUUUGAUGGCAUGUUUGAGUUUUGCCAGAUCGCCGCGACGGGCUCGAUCGGCGGCGCCGCGCGCCUCAACGACAAGAGCGCCGACAUUGCCAUCAACUGGGGCGGUGGUAUGCACCAUGCCAAGCGCUCGGAGGCCUCUGGCUUUUGCUUCGUCAACGACUGCAACCUUGGGAUCCUCGAACUCCUCAAGGAACAUGCGCGGGUGCUGUACAUUGAUAUCGACGUACACCACGGCGAUGGCGUCGAAGAGGCCUUCUACACGACCAACCGCGUCAUGACCGUCUCGUUCCACAAGUACGGCGGCGUCUUCUUCCCGUGCACGGGCAACGUCAAGGACAUUGGGUACGGUGAAGGCAAGAACUACGCCGUGAACGUGCCGUGCCAUGAUGGCAUGGACGACGAGAGCUUCAUUGGCGUCUUCCGCGACGUCAUCUCCAAGGUCAUGGAGCACUACGCGCCGGGGGCGAUCGUGCUCCAAUGCGGCGCCGACUCGCUCUCGGGUGACCGCCUCGGCUGCUUCAACCUCAGUGUCAAGGGCCACGGCGCUGCGGUCGCCUACGUCAGGUCGUUCAACAUCCCGACGCUGAUCAUUGGUGGCGGCGGCUACACGCUCCGGAACGUUCCGCGCUGCUGGUGCUACGAGACGUCGGUGGCCCUCGGCGUCGAGAUCCCGGAUGCGAUGCCGUACAACGACUACUUUGAGUACUUUGGGCCCGAGUACCGGCUGCACAUGCCCGUGAGCAACAUGGAAAACCUCAACACGCCCAGCUACCUCAACGACACCAAGCAACGUUUGUUCGAGCAACUGCGCCAGAUCGAGCCCGUGCCCAGCGUGCCCUUCCAACACGUGCCGGCCAAGAUGGUGGAUGCGAGCGACGAUGUCAACGAAGACAUGGCGGAUCCGGACGCACGCCCCGAGACGGACGCACCGCAGCACGCGGCCGAGUACUUUGACUAGAGCAGCGGGCGUGGUCGACGGCAUGGCCGACCGUAGCGACAGAUUGCAUUGAAUUUUGUGCCAGCUACGAGCUAGCUAGAUGCUUUCGUGAUCGAGCAAUUAUCUGAUACAAACAAGGGCUCAAUGUACGUAAAAUGGG